AUGAACAACUCUGGUUUAUUAACACAGAAUCCUUAAGAAUAAUUAGAGGAGCGGAUAAAGGCAUUAUCACUCAAUUACAAGGGAAGCAUCAAUGAAACCUAGAUUUUCAAAAUGUUCAUAAGUGAUAAGGAGGAUUAAUUUGCAUAAUGGAAAAAUGCAGAAAGUCAAGUAAAAUCAGUUUGUGGAGCCGAUGUAUAAAGUGGAGAACUGACAUUCUAAUGUUUCACUUGCGCCCCUGAUCCUCAUCAUAUGUACUGCUAGAAGUGCUUUGAUCCAGAUCUACAUCUGAGUAUGAUUUUUAAAUUGAAUAGAUCAUAAAUGCAUCAUUAAGCAUCUGAUUGGCGGCGCUUGUGAUUGUGGUGAUGAAUAAACAAUCAUUCCAUCCGGGUUUUGUUCAAAACAUCAAGGAGUCUCAAAGUUUGAUUAAAACUAGGAGUUAAAAAAAAUUUCAGAUCAACUUAAAAUGAAUAUAGAAAAUUUCAUAAAAGCUUUGUGUAAAAUCUACUUACAACUUAUGAGAAGAAUAAAAUCAGAUCAUGACAUGUAUAAUCCAAAAAUACUAAAACUUUAUCACCUAAGCGAAAAGUGGUUGAUUAUUCCUUUCAAAGAGGUUAUAGAUUCUGAGUAUGAUUUGGAGGAGUACUAUAGAAUCUUCUAGUAAGCCUUAUAUUUGAACUCAAUUCUUGUUAAAAUGUGUUAUUGGUUUACAGAAUCAAGACUGUGUUUCAUAAUUUUGCUUUCCUAGAUCUUUUAGUCCCAAUUGACACCCGAAUCCAAACAGACACUGUUUGAAGAUUUAAUGGAAGUUCAAGUAUAUUUGGAAUUCUUGGGACCAUAGCCAGCCUAAAAAAUAGAAAGUUUAUUAUUUAGGCUUUACGCUGAUUACCAAUUUAAGUAGUUCAUAUAGGUUUGUUACAUAAAGAAAUAUUCGUCAAUGUGGUUACAGACUAAGUAAAAAGUAACUCAGCACGAUAAAUACAUAGAUGAUUAUAUAGUCAAAUUGUCAAGCAUACAAAAUUAGCAGAUUGUUUAAGCACAACAUGAAUACUUAGUGAAAAUGGCUUAGGUAGUGAAAGCCUAUAUUGAAAAAUAUAAAAAAUCAACAGAAAUAACAACUGGUUUGUAUGUCUCUGAAAUCCAUGAAUAGCACACUUAAUAUGUGGCAGAAAAAUUACAAGAAAUAUUCCUAAGUCAUAAAUAUCUCUAAAAUCUCUACGAUUAAAUUAGAGACUUAUUAAAUCUAAUCUACUCCCAUAAACCAAUUGCAACAAUAUCUCAUUUAUCUUAUUCUUUAAUUUUCAAAUUAAGGUACGACUAUAAUUUUUUCUAUAAAUUUGGGUUUUAACAACUGCAACAAGUCCUUGGGGAUUAAUAUUAACAAUUUUUCACGAUUAACAUCAGCAAGGAAACCAUUAAAAAUUUUAAGUAUGAUUAAUUCACAAUAACCUCCUAUUUAAACAUUUAUAAUUCAAUUAAACCUCAACAUUUAGACAUUCCAAAAGAUCAGUUAACUAUUUUGCUAUAAGAUACAUAUGAUGGGUUCUACUUUCUAAUAUGUUAAGGUUAGGCUGUUUAGGUUGUUUAAACAGGAAUUCAGAAACUAUUUGCUUCUUAAUUUAGUACACCAGAAUUUUAAGAGAACCUAACUAAAGUAUUGUUAAUAUAAUCCUAUUAAAUUUUGAAAAAGAAAUGCUAAGGUAUUUCGGUAGAUGAUUAAUUGAAUGAGGCAUAUAAAAAAUACAUUGAGGAUCAAAAUUUGAGUAAAGCUGAAUUGUUUGACAGAUUAGCAAAAAUUUAUUUUUUUUUGAUAAAAAGUAUAAGCGUGGUUGAAAGAGUAUUUACUUUUCUCUUAUCGUAUCUAUAUUGUUUGAAGAUUUUUUCAUCUGGAAAGGAAUUCGAAUCCUACCUACUUGAUAUUUUGGAGGAAGACAAAAAUGAAUUUAAAAAGAUCUUCUAUGAAGUCUUAUCAAAAUGCUUAUAGAUUUAUGUGACAGUAUAGUUUUGUGACAAUCAGUAUUUACAGUAAAUUUAUUUGGGUUUGAAUGAUUAAUAAGAAAUAGGGACUUUUGAAUCUUAUGAUAGUUCAUUUUUGAGAAUUUACUUGUUUUUAUUUGAAAAUGAAGGCUUUUAGGAUUUGAUUCAAAUUAUGAAGAAUCGAAGAGUGCCAAAAGAAUUAGGUAGUGAAAGGAUACUUUGGUAUAUUUAUUUAUUUUAUCAAAUAGUUCUUUGCUAUUAAGAAUUUUUAGUUCUGAUCUUGAUAUGUAUAAUGUUUGCAGCUAAACACUAAAAGAACUACCAAAAGACUUGAAAUUAUCAUUAGCGAAGGCAAUCUAAAAUUUUUACAAUCUUUCAACAUAUCUCUCUUUUACUGAUAUUGAGGCUAAGUUAAAACGCAUGGGCAUUCAAAUUUGUUCUAAUCUUCCAGAUCAUGUCCUAUAAAUUUGUGAAGUUGACCAAGCAUUAAAACAAUUGAAAUUAAAAUCAGAUUACAGAGUUAUUUAUGAACCAGCCAUUUUUUACAUUAAUACUUCUAUUAAUAGUCAGAUUGUUGAAAAAUUAGUAGAAUAGAAUAAAUCAGAAACUGAGAUUCUUUUGGGAAAUGGAAUAUCUUGGGAUGUUGAACUAUUUUCAAAAAACAAUUACAGGACCAUCCUUUACAGCCUUUUGAAGCAUUACUGCUAGAGAGAAUACAUUUAAAAAAAUAUUGAAUUACUAAAAACAGAAGGAUUUGCCUUAAUACAAGCAUAUUAAUUGCUCUAUAUUUAAAUAGUAGCAGCCAACCAUUUUGUGAAAUAAGAAUUUAAAUCAUAUGCUCCUUUCAUAAUUAAUGAACUUGAGUAAAUUCUUAAGGUAACUCAACGAAAAGAUGACAUUCAGAGAAUUUAAGUAUUGAUAGCAGAAAUUGUUAAAUACAUAACUGUUGUUUAACCAGUUGUUCAGAAAUAACCACAAGAUAACAAAGCCAAUUUAUAAAAUAAGAAGAAUCAAUUCAAGGAGAAAUAUAAUAAAUUGCAGAACUCAGAAUUUAUACAAAACAUGCUGGAUAAUAACAAUAUUAAGGAGAACAAGGUUGAAAAUAAUUAAAAAGUAUGCUCAUCCUGUAAAUUACCUUUGAUUUAAGAGGCUAGUGUAGCCUUAAUGUUAUUGAUCAGAAAACCUUAAACUUCCAACUUUUCUAUCAUAUCUAAGGAGGGUUUAGAAUGUUUCAAAAACGCAUAAUAUAAUUUGAUUGAUGUGGGAAUAGCAACAUGUCAACAUUAUUUCCAUUAUGCUUGUUUAAUAGAGAGGUUCGAGAGUGAUUAACAAUAUCGAAGACAAAAUGCUCCUGAUUGGGUUAAGAUUGGAUGUCCAGUUUGUAAAUUGCCUUGCACAAUUACUUUACCAAUAUAAAGGUAGUUGACUUCAAUAGAUGUGGAAUCCUUUAAUUAGGAUCUACAGUUGUUUGUAGCUAAAAAUUUAGUUGAGAAUUUAUUUGAAAAUCAAAUUACUGCAUUAGAGACUCUAUCAGAAACAUAUCUCAACAUUUUCUUUGAUUUGCUGAUUUCCUUAAUCCAUAAUCCAUCAUAGUAUAUAAGGGAUUAAAAAGAUAUAGUGUUCAAUCAUUUACUUUAAAUCUUGCAUGCUACAGAUAUGGAAGCAGCCAAAAAUAAAAUUAUUGAGAAAUUCCAAUUUUAGACAGAAAACAACUUUAUUUUAAAAAUACUUUCUUUAAUUUAACAAUAUGUGAUUGUUGAAAAAGACAUGUAAAGGUUCAAAUUAGAAGCCAUUUGUAGUUGCAUUCAAUACAACAUAUCUAAUGAUAUUAAAAGUUAGAUAGUUUUGUCAUUAGACAUAAAGGAUGAACAAGAGCAAAAAGGCUUAUAAAUCCAAAAACUUUUAAAGAAAUAGGAACAUCCCAAUCAAUAUGCUAUAAUAAAUUAACAAGAAUUGGAAGACUAAUUAAAAAGCAUACUUGGCUCAACAUUUGAAGAGUUUUAUUGUAAAUACUUUACUAAAAAGUGUUUUGCUUGUGGAUUCUACAACAAAGACCAAAAACAUGAAGGAUUUUACGUGUGUUUAUUCUGUUCAAAAACAUUCUGUAUAUAUUCAUGUAAAAAAAACAUGCAAAUGGGUAAUUUAAAUCAGCAUGCAAAUAAGGAGCAUAAUGGAAUCUCUAUUUAUGUUAAUUUGAAAAAUGGGUAUGUAACUUUGUUAUGUUCCCCAAUAUCCAUUCAGUAUUAUAAAUGUUUGUUUUACAAUCAACUGGGGUAAACAAUAGAAAUCGAGAAUCCGAAUUCAGAUUGGAAGUCAUUCCAUUUAGAUGUUUAAAAGGUAAAAGAAAUUUCGCAAAUUAUCAUGAGCAGUUCAUAUUAAGCAAUCAUUAGGAACAUAGAAGUCAGGUAGCACUAAUUGGAUAUGGAGGGAUGGCUUUGAAUUAGUAUG